AUGACCGAGACGAGCGACAAAGCAACUAUCCUACUCAUCCAUGGGGCGUUUACUACAUCCUCAGACUGGGAACCCGUUAUAUCCCACCUUGACCAGUCAUUUCACAUUCUGGCCCCAGAUCUUCCCGGCCAUGGAUCAACCGGUGGAACAUUUACCCUCGACAACGCAGCCGAUGCAUUACACGCCCUGAUCCAAGAAUCAACAGUCGCCAGCAAGGCCCAUGUCGUCGGCCACAGCCUAGGAGCUCAAGUCGCCAUCCGACUAGCCGAAAAAUACCCCAGCGUAGUCGAUCAUAUGGUCAUCUCAGGAUGGGAAAUAUACCCCUCACUACCAUCGAGCGACCGACUAUCGUAUAUCCUGUGGACAAUGAAUCGCGUGGAGAAUCUCGCCCCAAGACCAGCGAUUAGAUGGCUCAUGGAUGGGACAGAUAUACGCCGGGUUUCGCCCUCGCUGGAACUGUGUCGUCAGUUUGCGGAGACGAUGAAAACGGCUACCUAUCCGGCUGCCUGGCCUGCGCCAACGCUGAUCAUCGCUGCGGGCCGGGGAGGGCUGGUACCUUCUUAUGAUCAUCCCGAAGAUGCCAAGAAGUUGGCUUCUAUUGGCAAGGAGAUGAACGAUAAGACGAUAGCUGUCACUCAUCCUUUGAUGCGGCAUCCAUGGAAUCGCCAAGAUCCGCUUCUAUUUGCGAAUACCGUUCGAGGGUGGAUUCAGGGUGACUAUAAUGUACCCGCAGGGUUUGAGAGGCUCUGA